AUGAAGCUCUUUCUCAUCCGCCACGCAGAAUGCGAGCAUAAUGUAGGCAAAGCAUUCGGCAACUCCAAUGACCUCACAAGUGUCGGGAAGGAGCAGGCUCUCUGUCUGGCGCGGUACUUCCGUGACCGGCCGGUGCGCUUCACGCGCGUGUUGUCGUCGGAUCUCGAUCGCGCGACCGAUACUGCCCGGGCGAUCUGCCAGUACCAGCUGGGCAGUGGGCCUGCACUCGAGCCGUUUCAGACGGCCAAGCUGCGCGAGCAGUGCUUCGGGUGUGGCUCUCUGUCGCGCGAGGUGACUGGUAUCGAGUCGAUGGCGUCGAUGCGGGCCCGUGUCAAUGGCUUCUUGAGAGAUCAUAUCUGGCCGGAGAUGGCCAAUCACGCUACCAGCGGUGAUUCCGUUAUUGCGAUCGUUGGCCAUGGUAUGAUCUUGCAGGUUGUGUGGGCGUGCUUGGCCGAUCUCUUUGGUCCGCAGUCGUUCCAUCUGGCGAGGGAUGCGGAGUGGACGGGGUCUGGUUAUAUACAUCCCUUGUGGUCGAACACGGGGAUCAUGGAGUUGGAUAUCCGUCCUGGUGGCCCGCCGGAGGAGAUGCUCGCUGAGAAUACGGUCCAUCCAAGUGUCAAGCCGCCGUGGCUGAUGAGGGCGAAACCGCCUUGGCCUGAGGGGAAUGCCCCCUUGGUUGCAUGGUCAGUGACGAUCCUGAUGGUGGACAGCACGCCGCAUCUCAACGGUGACACCCUGGCACCGACCAUUCCCGUGGUCGUGUCAUGA